AUGUCCUGUGUAAACGUAUCAAAUAGCUCGAUCAGUGCAAGUUUGAUAGGAUAUUAUGUCAAAGGCCUGUCGGCGAUAGAGACGUCACCUGCACAACGCAAGUACGUCUCUACGCGAAUACCAAAUUGGAAUCAACCGCACGCCGCCCUCUGCCGCCCUCCGCUCGCCGCCAGCCGGCGCCCUAAUUGCGGUCCCGGGGGUCGCAAAUUAGUUGCUACAUUCGGAGAAACGAGAACAAACUUACAUCAC